GUCAGCGUUAUUUUGUAUAAAAAAAAAAUGCGCCUCGUUUGACGCGGAGAAUAGAAUGGAUUCAGUGGGGACGAGCUAAUGCUAACUAACAAGUAGCUAAAUGCUAACCGUGUGAACGUUGCCCUCGUUGACCACUAUGGUAGAGCCACACUUAUGCUAACUGGCUGCUAGCUCAACAAACUGCAAACUUUAGAUGCGCUGUUGCAAUCCUGCGCGUUGAUUCAAACACCCGCGAUGGAGGAAGUUGACAAAAUCCUGAUUCACGCCCUAAAACAAGUUGGCACGGAGCUCAGUGAGGACAUUGAGGGGGUGAAAAGUUUCACCAGUGAGCUGAUAGUGGAGGCGGUGGUGAGAUGUAUCCGCGUGAUCGAUCCUGGUCUGGGCAGUGCACUGCCAACCUCCCUCCCUCCUGGCAUGUCUGCCCGCUUCAGGGUUGGCAUGAGCCUGGCACAGGCCUGUCAGGACAUUGGCUACAAAGGGGAGAUAGGCUAUCAAACCUUUCUGUACAGCAGCGAGACCGAGAUUCGCUCCCUGCUCAUGUUUCUUGUGGAGAAACUGCCCAGAGAAAGUGCUGAGGCCUCUGACCAGCCAACAGGCAAAUCAACAAUCCUUCAGAGAGCCAUUGCUUCUGCCAUUAAAGCCCAGCUGGGUGCCCCCUGGCUUCCUCCAAACUGCAGGCUGCCACUGCAUGGUGAAACACAAACUUCAGGAGUGUUGUACAGCUUCCACAGCCAACAUCUCAGUGUGGCCCAUUGUGUCAAAGAUCCAGGAAAUAAACCACAGAAAGAGAUCCGGGACUACCAGAGAGAGUUCCUCCCACCGGUCACCGCUCAGCUCUCCCAUCAUGCAUCUGUGGUGGCGUCCAUACUGGAGCAGCACACCGCUGAGCUCAGUGCGGCGCAGGAGUGGGACAAUGAGUGGAACAGUCAGGGACUGCUGUCACGUCUUACUCCACAGGACUACAGGGCCCGAAAACGGACUCGACUGCGUAAACGUAUCGAGGAGCAGUUGCGCUCUGCUGCCCUUCCCUCUGCGGAAAGUGCCUUUGGAGCCCUUGGCUCUACCUCGGAUUUGUCUGACAUCCUGCAAGCCUUCAAAGGCUCCGCCUCCUCGGACCACAUCCUGACAAAGGGCUCUCACUUUUCCCACUCCCAGAAGUUCACUUUCACACAGGUGCAUAACGAUUCACAGCUAAUGUGUCUGCACACCAUUCAUCACAAAUGUGUGUUUGUGUGUGAACAGGAAGUAGAAACGGCGCCGUCCGCUGUGCGGCAGACGGAUGUUGAUAAGCAUCAAAGUCAGCAGGAGGAGCUGGCAUCACUGCAGCAUCAGUUUCAGCAACUGUGCAGCGACGUAGACCAGCUGACCACGGACAUGAAGCACAUGAGAGUCACAAAUGCCCAGGUACUUGAUGAGAUGAAGCAGCGAGAGCUGCAAAACCGUGAGGAGGAGGAGAAGAUGCAGGUGAAGAAGAAAUCCAUUGACUUGUUGCCAGAUGCUGAGAACAACCUAUUGAAGCUUCAGGGUCUCGUGGAGGCCAGCGCCAAGCGGGUGGUCAGCCUGGCUUCUCAGUGGGAGAAACACCGCGCUCCGCUCAUUGACCAACACCGCAGACUCAAGGAGAUCUGCAGUCAUCAGGAUAUGGAGUCUUCCAGGAAGCUGUCUGAAAUCAAGGUGUUGCACGACAAAAUCCGAGUGUCAACAGAAGAGGCCAAGCAGAAGGAGGAAAUCUACAAACAGUUGGUAUCGCAGUUAGAGAACCUUCCCAAGGACGUUUCCCGGGCGGCAUACACGCAGAGGAUUCUGGAGAUUGUGAGCAACAUCAAGAAACAGAAGGAGGAAAUCACCAAGAUUUUGUGCGACACAAAGGAAUUGCAAAAAGAGAUCAACAGUCUGACAGGAAAACUGGACAGGACUUUUGCUGUGACCGAUGAGCUUGUCUUUAAGGACGCCAAAAAAGACGAGUCGGUGCGCAAGUCCUACAAGUACCUGGCUGCUCUGCACGAAAACUGCAGUCAGUUGAUCCAAACCAUCGAGGACACUGGUACCAUCCUGAGGGAGAUAAGAGAUCUAGAAGAGCAGAUUGAGACAGAGAAUAGUAACAAAACUGUUGCUAACCUGGAGAGGAUUGUGGAAGACUACAAGGCCAUCAGACAGGAGAACUCUGCACUUGCUGCCAAGGUCAGAGACGCUUGACUCCAUCACCAGGAAAUGGGUGGUGGUAGUUGGUUAACACCACCACCCUUUUGUUUGCAAGGUCAGAGACGCUGGACUCCCAUCACCAGGAAAUAGGUGGUGGUAGUUGGUGAACACCACCACCCUUUUGUUUGUAAGGUCUGAGACGCUUGACUCCAUCACCAGGAAAUGGGUGGUGGUAGUUGGUGAACACCACCACCCUUUUCUUUGCAAGGUUAGAGAGGCUUGACUCCAUCAAAAGGAAAUAGGUGGUGGUAGUUGGUGAACACCACCACCCUUUUCUUUGCAAGGUUAGAGACGCUUGACUCCAUCAAAAGGAAAUGGGUGGUGGUAGUUGGUUAACACCGCCACCCUUUUGUUUGCAAGGUCAGAGACGCUUGACUCCCAUCACCAGGAAAUAGGUGGUGGUAGUUGUUAACACCACCGCCAUUUUCUUUGCAAGGUUAGAGAGGCUUGACUCCAUCAAAAGGAAAUAGGUGGUGGUAGUUGGUGAACACCACCAUUGGUGCCCCUUUUUCUUUGCAAUAUUUGUACCAUGGAACAAGUCUUUUGUAUCCCCAUGUUGAUUGUAUUUAUAUCCUGAAUGAUGCAGCAGAUGGUGCUGCCCCACCCGCCUUAUUCCUUCAAGACCACCUGCAUCAUAGUUGAAACCAUUUUUGAAAUGUUUAGUCCAUUAUUGUCUCAACCAAGCAGCAUUUUCCUAUUGAGCCAAUCAGUACAUUAAAGUCAAUGUAGGAGACUUGAUUUGUUAUUAAAGUAUUAACUAUU